CGCACUGGGAGAGCCACAGUCAGUCAGUCACACGGGGGCUGCCUUCGCUCCAGCAACCCAGCAGCGCAGCGCCAAACCCGGGGAUCCCUACUCCUGCCUCCCCCUCUGACGAGCUCCGAUACAGUAACCGCUCUGGAAGUCAUGUCUACGUGAAUUUACGCGCGCAAUGCUCCCGUCAGUCGUUCCACAGCGUUUGUCAAGACCGAUCAAGCUGUCUGGAGUAGGAAGACAACACUGACAGCUGGGAUUUUUUACGAAUUUGGAAGAGGAAAAAGCGAAACACGCGGAGAAGAAGCCACGCGUAAAACCAUCGAGCCACAUUUCCCACAGUCUUUCCACCAUCUUCAGCCAUGAGCGUCAAAUCGCUCAUCAACAAGGAGGUGUUCAGCCCCCACGAUGAGAAGAUGCUGGUGGCGUGUCAGGUCAAGCGCCGCACCAAGAAGAAGAUCCCUUUCCUGGCCACGGGCGGACAGGGCGACUACACCACCUUCAUCUGCCUGGCAGUGACCAAUAAGAAGCCGGCGCACCUGUCCAUCACCAAAGUGAAGCAGUUCCCGGGGUCGUCGUCCUUCGUCAAGAGGUCCCAGUGGAGCAUAGACCAGCUGCGCCAGAUCAACGGGAUUGAUUCAAAUAAAGACUGUCCAGAGUUCGACCUGUUGUUCGACACAGCCUUUGACCAGUGGGUUGCCAGUUCCUCCGGAGAAAAGUGCACAUUUAUCCAGAUCCUACACCACACCUGCCAACGCUACUGCUCCGCCCGCAAGCCCGACUUCCUCAACUGCCACUCGAAGCUUCUGGGAGAGGAGGAGCAAGUAGAGUCAGUGUUGCGGCGCUGUAGGAGGUACGCAAGCAGACUGAGGAAAGAGCUGGUGUCACAGCGCAGCCAACUGGUCAGACGAGGUAACAGCAUCCUCCACUCUGCAGCAGACAGUGUGACCAGUGCAGUGCAGAAGGCCAGCCAGGCCCUGAACGAGAGAGGAGAGCGGCUAGGACGAGCGGAGGACAAGACCGCAGACAUGAUGAACAGUGCUGAGCAGUUUGCAGUCACCGCACACAAGCUGGCCAUGAAGCACAAGUGUUAGACCACUGCCACCGGAUGUACAGACGGAUUUCCUCUUCCUUUUGUAGAGAUUUCAAUAGAAUCAGCAUUUGUUAAAAUUGUAUGGUAUUAACUCCAUCCACACUGAGCCAAAGGGACGAGAAAGCAACAAGUCAGCGCACGUACCCUAAUGUCACUACUGCGAGCGUGCACGUGGCAACAAGGUACAGGCCAUCACCAUGGAGACGGUGUGGUAGCACCAAAACAUACUGACCUGGUGUAUUUGUGUGUAUUAAUAUUUAUAAUGCCUCAUCGGGCCGUUUCUUGCUAUGUGGACAUACUGAGGGGGACUGUCCACUAGGGGGCCCCAGAAUGGAGUUUUUAAGCACAUUUAAGCAACAAUGACGUUACUUUUUCAAUUUGACUUUUAAUUAAAGACAUAUUAUUAGCAGACACGGCGUUGGAUGCUAAUACUAGUAUCCACUUAGCAACUCGGCUGGUGCAGGAAGAUUUUGGAACACCGGGGCCAGUUCUCUGUAUUUUAAUCUGUAGCCGUUAGCAUUAGCCCGCAAAAAUCUCAAAUUAUGAAUAAUCCAAAGGGCGUCAGAUGGCAUCGACGCACUGACCACAUUUACAUGAGGUCAGAGGCUCGUUUAAAGUCAGUGUUGAGCGUGUAAACGUUUUGAUGUUUUAUUUUUGUGAUUGAAUUAGCCUGAAACUGGCAUCUGAGCUAACAGCUAACCGGAUGUCUGAAAUUGUGUGCAUCGGGUAAACAUCUAGUGACUACUGGACCUCCUCUUUUACAUGUGGCUGUUGAGGAGACCAGAUAAAUUACAUAAAUAUAAAAAUCCUAAACAUUUUAUAUACUUUAAUAUGGGGCGUGGCUUCAGCAUUCAUUUAUGUGUGUCAUAGCUCCGAGUAGCAGCGGUAUCUACGCUUUUAACAAUAAGAUGACCUCUAGAGCUGCCCAAUAUGAGGAAAAAAAGUGGUAUUUGAUAAACAUAUUUUUUUGUUAUUUUUCAGAUUUUAUUAUACUCUCUAGCUAAUAAAAAAAAAAAAAGAAAGAGAAAAACAAUUGAAUACCUUCAGUUCUGCUUUUAUCAAUGAUCAAUAGAAUAAAUUAAUAUACUAAACUAAGACCAAAACAAGUCUCAAUUAGGACAUGGGAAGUAAAAUACAACGAUAAAUAAAAACUGCCUUUAAAAAAUGAAAACAACACAUUUUGAAAAACUGGAAAUUAAAGGUACAGUAUGUAACUUUUUACCUGUAUGAUUCCAUGGAAUAGAAAGUUAAAACCAUAGAACAUUCUCUAUGGAGAUACAGUUGUCCCUCGCUGUAUCAUGGUUCACCUUCCGCGGCCUCGCUGUUUCGCUGUCUGAGAAAAGUGUAUUAAGUGUGCGGUGAGGGGGUUUUACAGCCACAAAACAUGUAUAAUAAUUGUAAAAAAUAAAGCUGAUACUUCGUGGAUUUCGCCUAUUACGGGUUAUUUUGAGAACGUAACCCCCACGAUAAACGAGGGACCACUGUAUACGUUUCUAGCCAAAGGAACAUUUCCAUGGAAACAAGCAGGAAGAGACCCUCCUCCAGGCCAUAUAAGAGUCAGGUUUGUGGAGAUGCAAGCCCACUCACAGUUUCAGCUAGUUUUUCAGUGCAAUAGAAACAAGUCUAUUAUUUAUCGAUCUAUUUUUGGCAAAAAAUGUACACACUGUGGCUUUAAGGAGAAAACAGUCAUUAUCGUGAUUAUUUAUUUAUUAUUUUUCCAGUUUUAACAAUAUAAUGUACUACCUUUUAUGCAUUUUUGAAUUUAAGCAAUCUGAUAUUUAUUUCUGAGGUAUAUAUCCAUUUCUUUUGGCGUAUACAGUCCCCCCCAACAGUAUUUUGCAUAGGGCCCCCCCCAGCGAGAAACGGCCCUGUGCUUAAUGACAUUCCAGUAUCAUGAUUGCAUUAAUGUAAUAAUAACUCCACUGGACACAACCUUUAAAUAUUUCCUAUAUGAUGUUUAUGAAUAUAAAGGCUUCCAUAUGAAGGCUUCCAUACAGUGUUACCAUCUCAGACGAUAAGCAAACGGAACAGUCCUUAAGAGCAGUUUACAUUUGCUGGUGUGGAACGGGUCGGUUUGGGUCGGACUACGUUGCCAAAAGUGGGUCAAGUGCAUAUACAGGUUUUUGUGUUUUUCAGUUUAUGACUUGGUUUGAUGGGAUUGUACUUGUGCGGAAUAUUUAUUAAAGUUUUGGAUCGGUUCAAUGGCAGUUUGUGGAAAAAAAUUGAAGAGAAAAGUUUAAAAAAUACAGGAAGUAGCGCUGAGUUCCAGGGGCCAAUUUACAUUUUUUUUUACAGAUUGACAAUUAUUAUGAUAUAUAGAGUUUGGCUGUGUCUGAAUUUUCCACACUAUUUCCUGCUUAGGACUAGAUUUUUAGUGGUGUCUGAAGGACCAAAGAGUGUAAAAAUGGUGUACUCAAAACUUCCCACAAUGCACGAUGAAAAGUAGUGGGCUUCGGUGGUCACUGGGCCGCUCAAUGUAGACCACAAUGCAUUGCGAGAGUCAGGAAAACAACAGCGACAGGUCUUUAACUGGACACAACUUCUCAAGAUUAUGGUUGCUAUUGGAAACGGUUAUGAAAUUGCAUCUACGUAUGUCAUAUCUGCUGCCCAUUUCCAACCAGGAAGUGCAGCAUAGUUAACUAAGAACAAUUCAAGACUAUUGCGAAGUGGUACCGACCUGUUUUUGUGUGGGGGUUAAAUACAUAAGUAAAAUUGUAUAGUUCUACUUUUGGAAAACAAGAUUUGCUUCAUACCUAUUGCCCAGAAACCCAAACAUUACUAUCUCUCAUUGAGCUCUGUUUCUCUGACCUACACUGCCCCCUGCUGGUGUAGUCCCACACUUCUCCAAUGAAAACUGCUCUUACGCUGUGUCUCAUUGUGCAUUUAUCAAACCUACCAAAUGUUUAUGGAAUACUUAGGCCAACAUAUUUGUCUACUUGAAGAACAGUUCUGGGGAUAAGCUUUUUAACUCUUAUGAAUGAACCAGCUUCUGCUCUGUACAAAGCUAAUGGAUGUUUCUAAUAGUACUUUAGCAGCAGCGUUUCUCAAGCUGUGGUUCGGGCCUUCUGUGUUCUAAAUCCAGUGUCACGUUUCAUUAUAUUUGUUAAAAUUUGCUGCUAGAUUUCUUUUUAUUUGCAUUUUGAUCAUUUGAAGGGGUAAACACAGAUGGCAAAGUGUUAUAUUAUCUAAUUACUGUACAUGAAUCUGGCUCAUAACCAUAGACUAUAUAUCACAUGUGUCAAACUCAAGGCCCACAGGCUAAAUAUGGCCCUCCACAUCAUUUUAUGUGGCCCUUGACAGGGUAAAUUAAAAGGUAUAAUGGUCUUAAAAUGUCAUUUCAGCAGGAGACAUGCAGUUGCACAACCACAUUUUUGUACAUCUUUGCAAAUGCAUAUGUAAUAUAUGUAAUUAUAACUUGAAUAAGUAAUGAAUGCAGAAACUAUUAAUUAACCAUUUUAAAAAGUAGUUACAUUUAUUUUACAUCCAGCGUUCAUUCAUUUGGUGAAUCGAUUUGUAGUUCAGGUCCGUGAAUAUGAGAUUUGUCCUAAGGUAAAGCUGAACUGAUUCUGCUUGCGGUCAUCCUGGUGGAACAUAGUCCAAUGAGGUUCCUGUGGUCUUCUGUUAAUUUAUUUUAAUAGAUUAGAUUUCAGACCAAGGUUUAGUUUUUCAUAUCUAAUCGUUUUUGACUGUUUUUGACUGCUCACUAGCGGUCAUCCUUACAGUGGUCACGUGAUGUUGUGGUGUUCAGCUGAUUAAAACGGGGUUUGGCACUGUCUUUCUACCGGGGGAGGCAGGACAAGGACUUCACUCUCAUGCACUGAAGAAGUCAGACUGCAGAUGGCGCUGUGGUAUUGCCUCCACCAGUAGGAAAACUGCCAAAACCUGUUAAAAUCAGCUGAUACAUCAAAGCAAACGAACUAAACCUUGGUCUGGAAAAAUAAUCUGGUGGAACAUCUUUACAGACACAAAAACAAUGCUCGUUUCUGUGUACGUUUGGUCUCAAAAAAUGAUCUUUUCGGAAGACCUAAUAAACUUCAUUGGGCUAUAACAAAAAUUCCUCUUGCUGGUUAUUAUCACAUUAAAUCAAAAACAGCCCAAUACAGACUUUCCAACGUGAGCGUGCGACCCACAGCUUGAGAAACGGUGCUUUUUCUGUGUACGUAAAGUAACUGUGUCCUGUUUAAAGGGGAGGUUUCAUAAAAUCCACCUGGCUGUAUUAAUAUUUUUGAAAGUACUGAGUUUUGUGCUUUUUGUAUAAUUUGAAUUAAAAUGGUAAUGGUAUAUACUGGGCUAUAGACUCACAUAGCAGCACCAAUGGCUUUAUUUCUCACAAUGUAGAUGUCCACGGAGAUGUGAAAAUUAUUUUAUAUUUUGAAAUUCACUUUUUUAAUUCACAAAAUGUUAAAAUGCACUGAUGUGUUGAUUUCACAGUGUAAUCAAAGCGUGCGUUUAUUUCUCUAACACUUUGGAUGUUUUUGUUUUAAUAAAAUCUGUUACAAAA